AUGGGUCACUCCCCAAACAACGGUGGUGCAGGCAGUGGCUCUUGCACGCCAACGCCCUCGUCAUCUAUGGGUCAGAUCAGAAUGAUGUGCCACGCAUGCUACAGUUCACAUCACGGGUACUCUCCUCGCAUUGAAUUCACAUCAGAUGAGGCCGCCUUGUGGGUCAUAUUGUCAAAUCCGUGUGCCCUCGCCCUGGAUCGCAUAGCAUUAGCCUACUUUUCUCCUAUGGGCAAGCUUACAAAAAGGCAGGAAUCGGAUCCACAGAACUCUCUCGUGAUUUUCGAGCAAAAGAUCAUAGCAGAUGAAGAUGUUCUACAGAAGGGCGUGAAGACCCGUGAUGUUCCCGAACGUAGACAUAUCCCAUUGAAGUCAGGGAUUCAAGGCACCUCCUAUAACACGCCGCGCAGCAGCUCUCAAAGAUACGAGAUGUAUAUUGACUUCAUCCCAAGGCUCCCAAUCAUCCGCGACUUUGUUAACUCAGUCGACGCAAGGGAGCCAGGCGAAAAUGAUGCGAGCGAGAACUUCAGCAUUUCUUAUAGGAGACUCGAAUGUUUCCAAGUCCAAUCUUCCAAGAGAAGGAUUGUUGUCCAGGUAGAUGGAGGAAUCAGGACAAUCGAGCUGAAGAAAUCGCAGCUGUCUGGGACAGCGCACGAAAGAGUCGCUCAGCCUCUGUCGAAGACACAACUUCCGAUCAUGAUCCAGAACCUUUUCAACGAGGGGAAAUUAUCCAACGCCGCCAAGAGGUGCACCAUGACCACGCACUUCAAGAAUUCCCACUUCAACCCAGAGUGGGGAGGUUAG